AUUAAAAAACUCUUAUUAAUUUUCACGUGCAAAAUAUUAAUAAACAUACAAUGUAAAGUAGUUUAAAUAUAUCAAAUUUGUGCAUUAUUGAUAAAAAAAACUAUUUGUUAAUAGUUAAUUGAUGUAAUAAUACAGCAUCUAUUUAUUUAAAAAUAAAUAUAAAUUUAUUAAUUGUCUUAAUAGACUCGCAUCAUUGACCAUUAUCCUUGUUUACAUUUAUGCGUAGAAGCAUAAUUACCUAUUUUAUUAAAUGUAUUUAAUUUACUAAAACCGCUUCUAUGAAGAGCAGCUGACACGCAAUCUAAUGUUGCACAAGUAACAUGUCAUUCUACGUAAAGCCAGAGAGCAUUUUACAACUCGCGUAUUUACCACAGUGUUUCGCUUCUCUAUUUUAUUUUUUAUAUUUUUAAGAAAGUUUCAUUGUGCUUCUCCAAAAUGUUUGUACCGCGAGGAACUUCAAAUCUAUGUAAUUAACAAUCAUAUUUGCUAGUGAAAAUAUUUAGCAAGUUGAUUAACAAGAUAUAAAAAUGGAGGCAAAAAUCCAUGUGCAAGUGGAAGACUACUCGUCUUCGAUAGAAUACAUCUUACGUCCAAUAUUGUAUACCUCCUGGUUUUUUGGCGCCGGCGUUGCAUGUCCGCGGAAGUGUUCCAAGGCUAUAACGAUAAUCAUUCGUAUCGUUCACCUAGCCGUGUGUUCCUUUAGUGUGACGUACAGCGUAUUCGAUUUCUCCAACUUUGAUACCGCCAUGGCUACUGACAGCGAUAUAUAUAAGUUCAUGUACUGUAUGAACAAAGCGAUGUGCUACGUGUCGGCGUAUUAUUACAUUUAUCAAGGAAUCAGGCAUUACAACAAGUGGCCGACACUAAUGGAUAGAAUGAACAAGCUCGAUCAAAAAAUCAGGAGUGAAACACCCCUGAAUAAUCGAACAGUAAAAAACCUGAUGGUUCUGGCGAUUCUCGCGACAUUUGCUUGCUGUCCUUUGUCGCUGAUUACACACGCUGUGUAUUAUUACUUUAAAUAUCCAGAGUACGUUUUUGUAUCUGACUUGUUGUUUUACUACAUGUUAGCCCAGUCAUUGAUCAACAGCUUCGUCUUCGACGUUAUUGUCUAUGUACUGUAUCACAGAUUCCGAGUGAUAAAUGAAUUAAUCAGUCAAAUGGAUGAAAUGUUCGGUGCGUCUUGGAUCGCGCUUAAGAUCAGACGAACUAGAGAAUUCCAUAAUGGUAUUUGUGAUAUCAUUAUCGUCCUAAACGAUAUUCACAGCUUUCAUCUCCUCCUCUGCUCGGUGAACUGCUUUACCGUGGUCGUGUCAACCUUGUUCAAAGUCUAUAUGAAUGUCGUAGAAAAGAAUUUUGCGUUCACAUUAGUUUAUAUUAUUCUUUGUAUUACAUACAUCGUACAAUUUGGUCUGAUGUGUUGGAUUUGCACGCUUGCGCGACAGGAAUCCGAGAGGACAGGAAUAAUUAUAUACACAUUUGCACUAAAUUACAAAAAUCUCAAUCAAGACCGUGUCAGAAACGAGGUUAAUGAUUUUUCAAUUCAAUUGCAACAGCAUCGAGUUGCCUUUACAGCCUGCAAUUUCUUUGAAAUAAGUAACGCUCUUUUGAGUGGUUUUAUUGGUGUUAUUUCUGCUUAUCUUAUAAUCCUUAUUCAAUUUUAUCAACCACCCAAAGAAGGAUCUUCCAUGUCAAUACAUGGUGUAUCUGUACUGAACAUGAAUUCCGCCAAUUAUGAUGAGAUUCCUUCAUUAUUUCAUUCUUCUUCAUUAGAAACAAAUUCUUCCUCAUCAUAUUAUAAUGUAUCACAAUCACAUUAUGAUUAUUUUAUGAAUUAUAACAUGAUUUAAGAUUUUUGAUCAAUGGAUGAAUAAUCGAUUAAUUUUAUUAAGGUUAUAAAAUGUAUACAAUCAUCUUGUUUGAAUCUAAACUUAACACUAACUUAACCUAAAGUCUGAAAGAUAUAAGCUUGCGCUUUUUUCCUCCAUCUUCUUUUCUUUAUUCUCUUCAUAUUUCACUAUGUGUAUUCUAUCUUUUUACUUAUCUCUCCAGUUUUCCUUCUCUCUCUCUUUCUCUCUCUCUCUCUCUCUCUCUCUCUCUCUCUCUCUCUCUCUCUCUCAUUAUCCAAAUUAUCCUAUGGAUUUCCGCCUCUUAAUAAUUAUCUAUUUUAUUUGUAUUUUUUGUUCAUUCUCUCUAAUCUUUCUUUAUAUUUAAAAAAUAUCUCAGAUAAAAAAAAAUAUUUUAGUUGUCUUUAUGAUAUGUAAAUAUUAAUUCUUACUAUUGAAAAAAUUAAUACUAAAAGUAAAUAAUGUUAUAAAAAAAUAAAGUUUGUAAUACUACUUUUGUUCUCGCUAAAUUUAUUUCUUACUGAUGUAUGUACAUACAAUAUACAUACUAUUAUGCGUUAAUGGAGCAAUAUUAUUGUUCAAUGAGAAUAAUGAGAUGGUGUGUUUCUUUAGAUUUGAAAGAUAAAAAAA